AUGGCAGAAAUUCAACUCCAUCCACAGCCUGAUGAGAGCUUGGAUGAACCGAAAUACGCAUGUACCGAGUUUGGAUGUAGCAAGACCUUUAGCCAACCCAGGAAUCUUAAGAGACACUUUAGGACAAUACAUGGACCUGUGAUAAGACGAUACAUUUGCCUAUAUUGUGAGGGAAAGUGGAUGGCAAGGAAGGACGAUAUCUUAAGACACAUCCGGAAGGAGCAUCGUGACCAGGAAGUACCAGCCCGGGCAGAAAUUCAAUCAAGAGAAGUUCCCAGAAUAAGUGAGGAGAAAGAGGAAAGCAAGGAGACCUCCACUACAAACACUAGCUGGAAAAGAAAAAGGAGCCCCACUUAUGAUUACCAGCGAGUGAAAGAAAAGAAGGACGAGGAGAGCCAAAAACGAAGGAAGAAGGUGGAAAUCAAACACACAGAGUUGGAAAAGCUGGCGACCUUGUGUCAACAGAACACUUUCUUAUUUGGACCUCCUAUAAGGGUAGAAAAGGAGGAAGAGGGAAGAGACGAAUCAAAACAAGAAAGAGCAGCAUGGGCGAUGGAAAGGAUCCACUCCUCAGAGACAAAAGAGUUAUACCAGAAGCAUAAUCGGAGUAAUAUGAAAAUUGCCCGACUACGAAUCCGAAUAGGACAGUUUCUGAAGGAGCUCGAGGAAGAGGAAGCUGCUAGAGAAGGGAUCCGGUAUGAUUUAAGGAAAUCAGAAGACGAGGACACCAGAAGAGAGAGGAAGAAGUACAGAGAAGAGAUCGAGAAUCAGGACAGGAGGAAAUGA